UCACCAAACUCACAUCAACACCAAAAGCUCAUCACACUUCUUGUGGCUCCGUGGAUCUUUCUUCAGGUCGCUUCAUAACCAACAACAAAAAAAUGAUGUCUUUCGUCGCUAACUUGGUCAUCAAGAGUUUGGACCGUGCUUCCGCGGUGUAUGCUGAAGAUGUGGUGGAUAGUUCUCGAGCGGCAUAUGUUGAGAAUGGUGGUGAUGAUGAUGACAGUGGCUACGAUUAUGCUCCUGCUGCAUGAUUCUCUCAUCUUAGUUUAUAAUUGUAAUUAGGAGAGAAAAAGAGUGAGAGAGAUGAUAGUAAUUUAGAUAUCUGGCUAGGCAUGUAUGUGCUAGAAGAUAGUGUGGUCAGUCAUCUUAUAGAUAACAAACAUAGUUUCCUUAU